AUGGCGGUUCAGACAAGGGUUGUGUCGAUUUUCUUCAUCCAGCUAGUUCUUCUCGCUGUUUCAGGCCCGAACCGGGUCGAUGGAGCCGGUCUGCGAACCGGUUACUACGAUGAGAGCUGCCCUGAUGAGAGUUGUCCCGGUGUGGUUUCUUGUGCCGACAUAUUGGCCCUGGCUGCUCGUGAUGCGGUUCGACUGACAGGUGGAUCAUUUUGGAAAGCUGAAACUGGACGUAGAGAUGGAAGAAUCUCACUUAGCAAGGAGGCAGACGAAAAUUUACCCUCCUCGAAUUUCAACAUAGCUCAACUCAAACAAAACUUUGCAUCGAAGGGUUUAACUAAGAAAGACCUGGCUGUUUUGUCAGGAGCGCACACCAUCGGGGUUGCAAGUUGUUUCGUGAUCACCGAUAGACUAUACAACUUCACGGGGAGAGGCGAUACCGACCCGGCCCUGGAUCCAACCUUUGCCUCCGAACUGAAGAAGAAAUGCAAGCCUGGUGGCGGCGGCCCAGUUCUUGAGCUGGACCAAGGAAGUUCCAAGAUUUCUGAUGCACAUUUCUACAAAGCUGUAAAGCAAAACAGAGGUCUCCUUGUCUCUGAUGCAGCACUUCUUAAUGAUCAUGUAACUCGAGCUUAUGUCAACCGCCAGUCCACCUCUGCUGCUGGGGCAACUUAUGAAGUUGUAUGUUCAAGGUAA